UCCUCAUUUGCAUCUCCUCAUUUGCAUCUCCUCAUCAAACCAAGGCACGAAUCAGAUUUACAUCAUUAGAAAUUUCCAAAUCUUGGCAUUUAUCAAACUGCGAACAUUCUCCGAAUAUUCUCUCCUACAUCGAUAUCGAAUUCUCGGUUCGAUCUCCAUCUGGGACAUGGUCAAGAAUCAAGAUAUCGGGGUUUUGCAAAGAAAAUCGGAUGCACUCCAUGAAUAUAUAUUUUUUAUCUUUAACAUUCGUCGACCAGUCUACUACUUACCAUACUGUUGAUGUCAUGCAAGUCGCCCAAGUCAUAUAAUAGUAACCAUAAGGUGGAAUCUAUCUAGAAGUCUCUAUGACUUCUACUACUCAAAUUGUCGCAUGUUUCCAGGGCUGAGUUACGCUCGGGGCUGAUUUGCUUCUUAAGUAGGUAGGUAGGUAUUGCUUAGCAGCUGCUAUCAUGAUACCAGGAGCCAGUGCGGUCGGUCUCCUAUUAACUGGCCUCAUCAUUGUCGCUCUCCGCAUACAAAUCCGGGUCAAAGCUGUCAAAUGGAAAGGCCUCGCGGCUGACGACUAUCUAAUGCUACCAGUAACCCUCACCUUGUCUGCUCUGGCAGGAUGCACAUAUGUCGGAUCAAAUAACUGCAGUGGCCACACGAACAGCGACAUAACAUACGAGCAACGGGUAGUACUCGACAAGGCAAGCGAGGAAUACUCUAUGAGAGUUCUUGGAUCCAAGCUUCAGAUUAUCAGCAUAAUUCUACACACAACAGUCCUAUGGCUUAUAAAAGCUGCCAUACUAGCGUUCUUCCAACGCCUUACCGAACGACUUGGUGUAUAUACAAGACGUAUACGUUUUGGAUUUAUCCUAAUCAGCAUCACUUGGUCAGCUGACUUCUUCAUCACCGUGUUUUCAUGUAGGCCAUUCCAAAAGAACUGGCAGGUAUAUCCUGAUCCAGGAUACCUAUGUUAUCCUGCCGUUUCUCCAUUGACUCUAUUCACCACCCUGGGUUUACACAUCAUUACAAGCUUCUACAUCUUCUACGUGCCACUCCCAAUCCUGUGGAUGGCUAGGAUUCAAUUCAAGAAGAAGCUUGGCCUGGUCUUGCUAGUCACAGCUAAUAUGCUCAUCAUCGCAAUGGCCAUAUACCGUGCCUAUGAAAUCGCAGCACUACAAAUGCCCGGGGACCGGCGGAUUAGCAGGUGGACUUUUCUUGUACCGUUCAUCGCGGUAGUGACAACAAAUAUUCCGCUCUUCUUCCCGCUAGUGAGCCGAUGGACAUCAAUAUUCGUUUCGCUGUUCGUCAAAAGACAGAGCUCGAAUAUUAGGCGACAAUUAAAGACAAUCCGGAUGUCGGAGGCUUCAAAGUUUCGAAGUAGGAGAUGUUCGCAUGGGGAAAUCCAUAAGGUGGUUUCCGUAGUCCAGCGUCCAACGCAGCCUCAGUUCGGGCUGAGUACAAUGAAGGCUCUGGAUAGUGGUGUUGACAUUGGAAGUAUAGACCUUUGUACUUUGGAUGGCGGAUGCUCUGACAUGGGAUAUUGGGAGGAUAGGGGGAGUAGUAAGGAGAGUACAGAAGAAGAUGAAGAUGAGGAUAUAGAAGACGAAGAAGAAAGGGGAGGGAUUCCAAAUAGAGGAGAUUUGAUGGUUUGAAUAGACCUUUUCAUCGGGUGUUCAUUGAUUGGCACACCAACAUUAUAGACCAAUAUAGGUUAGUUUUAGACUACAUAGAAAUGAUAUUCAGCCUCCUGU